GAGUUGAGAGGUCAGUGGAAACCGUGCCUCCCAUGGCUGGACGGCUGUUGAAGGUGUCCUCUUUGGCCACGGCUGUGUUCGCCUCCUCUGGAUUCUAUCUGUACAGCAAGCAUGUGGAUCCCAACGACAUCAGCUUCAUUAGAUUUGGAAGGGCUGCAGCCACGACUGCUGUUAUCAGCUAUGACUACAUGACAUCCCUCCGAAAUGUGCAGUAUGGGACUGAGGAGUACUGGACCCUCAAAUCCAAGGUACACCGUCGCUCUGCGGAGCGUCUCAGGGACCUGUGCUGUGCCAACAGGGGCACCUUCAUCAAGGUGGGCCAGCACCUGGGCGCCCUGGAUUACCUCCUUCCCGAGGAGUACACCAGUACCCUGAAGGUGCUCCACAGCCGGGCCCCACAGAGCACCAUGGAGGAGAUCCAGCAGGUCAUCCGGGAGGACCUGGGCAAGGAGAUUGCACAGCUCUUUGUGAGCUUUGAAGACACGCCCCUGGGGGCGGCCUCCUUGGCGCAGGUCCACAAGGCCGUGCUGAAUGACGGGAGGACAGUGGCCGUCAAGGUGCAGCACCCCAAAGUGCAGACCCAGAGUUCCAAGGACAUCUUAGUAAUGGAGUUCCUUCUCCAUGCUGUGCACUGGCUCUUUCCUGACUUCGCCUUCAUGUGGCUGGUAGAGGAGGCCAAGAAGAACAUGCCGCUGGAGCUGGAUUUCCUGAAUGAAGGGAAGAACGCUGAGAAGGUGGCAAAGCUGCUGAAGCAGUUUGAAUUCCUCAAGGUUCCAAAGAUUCACUGGGACCUGUCGACCAAACGUAUUCUAACCAUGGAGUUUGUGGAAGGGGGACAGGUCAACGACAGAGAGUACAUGAAGAAGCAUGGCAUUGAUGUGAAUGAGAUUUCCAGGAACCUGGGGAAGAUAUACAGCGAGAUGAUAUUUGUGAACGGCUUUGUGCACUGUGACCCCCACCCCGGCAACGUGCUGGUGAGGAAGUGCCCGGAAAGCAAUAAGACCCAAAUUGUGUUACUCGAUCAUGGCUUGUAUCAGGUCCUGAACCAGGACUUCCGCCUCAACUACUGCCGGCUGUGGCAGGCCUUGAUGAAGGCGGACAUGCAGGGCAUCGAGAGGUACAGCCGGCGCCUGGGCGUGGGGGACAUGUACCCCCUCUUCGCCUGUGUGCUCACCGCCCGCUCCUGGACCUCCGUCAACGCCGGCAUCAGUCAGACCCCCAUCACAAACUCGGAGGACGUGGAGAUCCGGACCAACGCCGCCCUCUAUCUACCUCAGAUCAGCGACCUGCUGAACAAGAUUCCCCGGCAGAUGCUUCUCCUCCUGAAGACCAACGACCUCCUGCGGGGCAUCGAGGCGACGCUGCAGACCCGGGCGAGCGCCAGCUCCUUCAUCAACAUGUCCCGCUGCUGCAUCCGCGCGGUGGCCACGUACAAGAGGAGUAAGGCCCGCUCGCGGACCAGGAGGAUGCAGAUCGCCCUGUCGGAGGCCGUCACCCUGUGGCAAAUCAACAUGUACGAACUCUUUCUGUGGCUCAAGGGCACCACGCUGGGCAGCUUGGUCACCUGGCUGUUGAGCUAUUUCCACUACACACACUGACCUCAGCUACAUCUCUGUCUGUUUACUGUAGCCAAAACCAGCACUGAAUCUCUUGUAGAAUGGACUAGAUUCUGACUGGACUCAGAUCACUUGACAUUGCCAUGAAGACGGUUACGCCAAUGGAUUCCAGUGUUCAACAUUACUUGAAAUAUGUACG